AUGGGAGUCCGAAAUAUCGUUCGCUCUGUUCGCUCUCGACUUUUACCCUUGCAUGGAUAUGGAACAAAGCAGGUCAGGCAGAAGUCAGCAGCCGCUUACCAGUCGGUCAAAAACUCCAAAGACGAAUUAUUCAGAUACACAUCUGGCAGAUGGAUCCAUAACGAACAUUUACGUUUGGCCGAACGCUAUCUGCAAUUCGAUAUACCCGCCCUCGUCAACGUUGUCGCUGCCGCAUCUGGCCAUGUAACCUCUGACAUCGUCUCCUUUUAUAAGUUGGCUGAAGGCGGAUUCAACCGGUUGUUCCAAGCGACCUUUACAGAUGGGAAGCAUGUCGUUGCCAGACUCCCGUAUCCUUCCACGGCGCCUGAGCACUACACAGUUGCCAGCGAGGCUGCUACUCUGGACUAUCUUCGGUUACAUGGAUUCCCUACUCCGGAGGUCUAUGCUUGGUGCUCAACAAAAGCGAACCCUGUCGGCGCUGAGUACAUCAUCAUGGAGAAAUUGGACGGCACCCCUCUCGGCGAUAUAUGGUACGCGAUGACACCAAAAGACCAACACAAGAUCACGAAACAAAUUGUUGAGUUGGAAGCACGAUUGAUGUCACUGGAGUUUCCUGCAUGUGGGAGUUUAUACUAUCAGAAGGAUCUUCCAACGAAAAAGAAGGUUCCGCUACCAAGCCAUAAUAAUGGCGAGUUCUGCAUAGGACCAAUCGCACAUUACAGUUGGUGGCACGGUGAAAGGAGCAUACUCGAUAUUGACAGAGGACCAUGGUCAUCGUCAAGCGAUUUGUUUCGGGCGGUUGGUGAACGCGAGUUGGCGUGGGCCAAAGCCUAUGCGAAACCUCGCCUUCCGUAUGAGCAUCUAUAUAGGGAGAUAUACGGCUUUCGCCAAGUCUUGCCUGACAGUCACAUUCAGAAUCUCUCCGACUAUCUAACGUUGGCGCCUUGCCUCGGGUUCAGAGCUGGCUCAUCACUCAAUCGGCCAGUCAUCCGACAUCCUGAUCUUCAACCGAACAAUAUUCUGAUAUCGGAGGCGAACGAGGUUGUCGGAUUAAUUGAUUGGCAGCAUUGCACUAUCCUUCCCCUUGGGCUUGCAGCUGGUAUACCCAAAGAUUUCCAAAAUUACGGUGAUCCAGACUCGGAAAAGCUGAUAGAGCCCCAAAUUGACCUUCCACCGAACUAUGACUCUCUCCCCGAAUCUGACCAAUUAUCCAUACGAGAGACUAUUCGAAAAAGACUAGUCCAUUUCCUUUACGCCGCAUUUACGAGGCGGCUGAAUGAAGAACAUUAUGAUGCGAUAUUCGACCAGUCUGCUAUACUGCAUCAACGUCUUUUCAAAAGUGCAGGUAGUCCUUGGGAAGGGGAUUCAAUAACUCUCAAGGCUGACAUGAUUCGUGCCAUACAAAGCUGGCCAACUCUGAUUUCAGCAGACUCUGUCGGUAGUGAACGGGAAACAUGCAAUACACCUUCUCUUACAUACUCAGACAGAGUUAUGCGUGAUACUCUUGCUUUGGAUGAGCGACAGAAAGAAGCUGACGUCGCAAUGGAUCAAAUGCGGAAUGUUUUGGGUGUCGACGUCAUGGGCUGGGUGCCGAAUGAGGAAUAUGAAGCUGCGAAAGCAACGGCGCGUGAGAUAAAAGCCAAAAUGAUUGAAGCGGCUGAGACCGAUGAAGAUAGAAUUGGGAUUCGGAACCACUUUCCGUUUGACGACUUUGAUGAGAACUCCUGA